AUGUCUAUGCGCUUAGCAAGCGAGAAUUCAGCUUGCAUAGUGGAUAUUUAUGAGCGAGAUGAGAUGUUCCCCGGAUGCCGGGUCCCAUCCAAAUCUUUGAUCUGGCCCACUCGCGGGAACCGAGCUCUCCGAGCUCUAGUCACAUACACUCCUUUCUCCCACUGCUGCCUAGCUACGCCACAUGCUGCGCUUCACAUGUUGUUCCGUUACAUCGGUUGUUCCCUUAUGGCUGAGGAGGGGUCAUAUGGGAAGCGAGUCGACAAGGUAGUGAGAUCCAAACAAAUGAAUAGUGCAGUACAUGGGUAUGAUAUCGCGUGA